GUUAAUCGCAGUAAAGAAUGAAAAGUCGCUCGCGGUGUGGAGGAGCAACAAACGCUGAGAAACACGAAGCCGCGAGGAGUAGUUUGUGAAAGAGAUUAAGUCCGGGGGAAAUAACACGGCGUUAGGUUUAGUUAAUGAAUGAAUACUCGGUUUGUAAAGUGAUGGGCAGAUUGACCUCGGUGCUGACUGUGUGUGAGAGUGGAAUAAACCGGCGUCCUGAGCUGAAACACCGCGCUAGCUACGUCUUCUCCAGGAAGUGGUGAAACAGGAGUGUAUAAGGGGGAAAUACUGUUUGUGAGUCUCUCAACCGGAUAAGUGACGCACCUGAGGACGUGUAACAGGUGUGUUAGAGAAGGAAAAGCAGGCUGAAUGGGCGUAGAGGUGGCCGUGUGAUUAACCGGGAGCAAUGUCGCUCUCUCUCUUCCCGCGUUUGUUCUGUCUGUCGGCUCUGUCCACCUUCCUUUGUGCUCAGGAGUUCAAAACCACAAGAUGGCCGCUCUACUCGCAGAAGCCUCUCCUGCUGGUGUGGAACGCCCCGACGGUGGACUGUACCCCGCGGCACCGCGUAAACUUCCCCUUCGAGCUCUUCCAGAUUGUGGCGUACCCCACGGAGGGCUUUGUGCGCCAAAACCUCACCAUCUUCUACAAAGAGCGCCUGGGGCUGUACCCGUAUUUUGAAGCUAACGGCACCUCUGUGAACGGCGGCCUGCCCCAGCUCGCCAGCCUCGCACAGCAUUUAGAGAAAAUUCCCAAAGGCGUCGAGAAGUACAUCGGCAAAAAUACGUUGGCUAAAGGGCUGGCCGUGUUCGACUGGGAGGAAUGGAGGCCGCUUUGGAUCCGCAACUGGAACGCCAAAGAUAUUUACCGUGAAAAAUCCAGGAAGCUCGUAUCGGAAAAGAAUCCCGGCUGGUCGGCUGAGCAGGUGAACAGAGUGGCUCAGCAGGACUUCGAGCUCUCUGCGCGGAAGUUCAUGCUGGAGACGCUGCGCACGGCGAAGAGUCUCCGCCCCCAGCAGCUGUGGGGUUUUUACCUGUUCCCCGACUGUUAUAAUCACAACUACCUCAGCAACAGCGGCCUGAAGAACUACACGGGUCACUGCCCGGAAGUGGAGAUGCAACGCAACGACCAGCUGCAGUGGCUGUGGACGGAGAGCACAGCGCUCUUUCCCUCCGUGUACUUGAGCCGCACGCUGAAGGACCAAGCCAUCGGCCGGCAGUUCGUCAGGAACCGCGUCAGAGAGGGCAUGAGGCUGGCAUCGACCGGGAACGGCACCAUACGGCCCGUGUUCGUCUACACGCGACCCACCUACACUAACGAGCUCAUGCUGCUGACUGAGAUGGAUCUGAUCUCCACUAUAGGUGAAAGUGUUUCUCUGGGAGCUGCCGGUGUGAUCCUGUGGGGCGACGCCUCCUACGCCAGCAGUAAUGCGAGCUGCUUCAGCCUGAGCGAGUACCUCCGCUCCGGCGCCCUGGGCCGCUACCUGCUCAAUGUUUCCUCCGCGGCCGAGCAGUGCAGCGCGCAGCUGUGCGGAUGGCACGGACGCUGCCUGCGCAGACUCCCCGACACGGACACCUACCUGCACCUGAGCACUCGCACGCACACACUGGAGCUGCGGGGGGGACGCCUCGCCGUGCGUGGCAAGAUGGACCAGGAUGAGCUGGCGAGGCUAAAAAAGGACUUCCGGUGUCAGUGCUACACCGGCUACACGGGCACCAUGUGCUCGCAGAGAGCGUCCGGAAAUAGAGCCGGUCUCAGCCUGCAGGGGGCGCUGGUGCUAAUGCUUACGCUGACCGUUCUGCAGUGACCACAGGAAGAAAAAAAACAACCCGGCGGACGAAAGAGAAACUGAACGCCACCUCUGCUGCUUUCCCAGUGAGCGCUUAGUGCUGCCCCCUGCUGCACAGCACCAUGAACUACACAACUGAUUAGACAGGUGAAGAGGUGUAUGCUCUGCCCCUCCCCGCCCCCUCAACAGUUCCCACGCUGAUGCUCCUUUUCCGCUAACGCAGAGCCAGAUCUGAACCUAUGUUCCCACUGGCCUGAGAGACGGACCUUACGCACUCCUGGAACCUCCACCCAGCACAAAGACUCGACUCGUGUUCAUUUGAAAGAUGUCGCUGCUAAGAGAAAGCUUUGUUUGCAUUAGUAUUUGUUACGCAUCUUCCCAUCCGCUCCGUAAACAUUUCUGUAUCUCCGGACUUUGGAACGUGUGGUGUAGCUUUUUAAAGAUGUUAAGGAGUAAAGCGUUCCUCAGAGUAUUACUUUUAACUUUUAGUCAGUAAUCUGUAAAUUCCUCUCGCACUGUUGAUGGGUUUGGUUUUUUUUUUUGGUUUUUUUUGCUUUUAAACAUUUCCAAUUCAGAAGCAGUCUGGUACCAGAACCGAACCGAUUUUGUUGGCCGAGAGAUUACGCUCGCUGCGCUGGCGGAAAAUCACCAGCAGGAGAGAUGAGAGGAGUCGUAUCAGGAGAUCAGACCUCCACACCGAGGAGAAGAAACGCAGGUCAGAUUAGAGCUGGGCGAUGACUGAACGUUCCGCCAGGUUUUUUGUUUUCCACGCGCCGUUUCUGUAAAUUCGUUCGUGUCGACGGUUCAGCAGGCCUGAGAGGCGGAUCUCGUCUGAAAACAAACUCGGUAAUGACGUGGCUCUGACUCUACAGCGCACGCUUGUAAGAGAAUUAUCCGCAACGAUCCUCACGUCAUGCCUCCAGGAUUUUUUCUUCAAGCGUUUUGGGCCUCAACAAUCACAAAAACUCCACGGAAUCCUGUACGGACCGAAUAAUCUCAGCACAGUAUCACAGUAUUUUAUAAUCAUGGCCCAGCUCUAACGUAGACGUGACGAGCCUGUGAGUGACGUAGAGUUUAUUAAAACCUCUUAACUGUUUCAGAUCCUUCUGAUCUUUGUGGAACAGUGCGGAGCUGUAAAUAAACCACGCUCCUCGCUGUUUUCUGCUUUAAAAUACUGGAUUUCUUUUUUCUUACAUCGCUAAACAAGUCUACGCAACUUAAAGUUCACCCAAAGCCUCUGUCUGAUGUGGGACCUCUGCUGGACUGGUGUCACUUCAUCUGCCAGAGUCUCCUUCAUCGUCUGGAGCAAACUGGAAGAGAUUAAGUGCCACGUGUUUUGUAGUAUUUUGUAAACCUUUCUCUCCGAGUGGGUGGAAUCAUGUUUUUGUGUGUGUGUGUGUGUUUUUGUGUGUGUGUGUGUGUGUGUGUGUGUGGGUGGGUGUUGUGUCUCGUGUCUCUAAUACAAAGACCUGAACUCUGUAUAAUGCAACAGUCGCCAGCAUCACCAUGUUUUCUGGACUACGGGACACAUUCUUUGCCUUUUAUCACACGCUGUGACGUUCACCGCCGACUCACACCACGCCUGUGAGCGAGCGUGUGCGUGUGUGUGCGUGAGUGUGCGUGUGUGUGCGUGAGUAUGGUGUGCCGGUUUGAGGAGAUACACUGCCAAUAGCUUGGUGCUAGCAUAACAAUAGAAAAAAAAGAGUGCCAUAAGUGCGUCUUAAGUUGUCUGGAGAACACGGUGAUCUGACCGAGCGCCUUCACAUUUCACUUUAAUAUUGAAACCAAAUUCUGCUCACUGGUGGUUGUUUGUUUUUUAUUAAACUGGAGACUGUUUGGUUUGAUCUUGAACAAUGUUUUAUAUGUUGGUGCAAAUCCAAAUGAUUGUAACUCGAUGUUUAUUACUUUACAAUAAAUAAAUGCUUUAAGGGCUGUGA